CUCUCGGAAGUCUGGCGCGCUUCGUGCUGUGAUCCCGCACCAUCCAUCCCCUCAGCAGCUAUGUGAAGAGCCUUUGCAGGCGCACUGGAGUGUAUCAGUUUUUAUGGUUUGCGGUUGGGAAUAUGCUUUGUGUGUAUUUUGGGAGUGUCUGGAUGCAAGCAGAAACUUCUUGGUUUAUUUAAGACGUGAUUCAGUAGGGUUCUGCUCCGCAUCCGAGAGGUGCCGGCACCUUCAGCACCCUUGGCCUCCAGCAUCCAGCCGGGUCAUUCCCUUCGGUCUGCAGGGGGAAAGGUUCGGGUCAUAAUGGUGCUGGCAAAUUUCAUAGGCUUCAUCUGUCUGGUUAUACCUUCUCAUACUGUCAUCUCAAACUGGAUUACCCCUCAGUUAAAUUUGUUUGGAUUGUGCUGUAAAUUAUUGAACAAACCUAAAGUGACCACCUGGGACUUAAAUAAUUUAUGUGCAACUACACAUGUGUUUCUGCUGGUUUAGCUAUAUUACAUUUUUAAAAGCUGGAACAUGUCUGGUUUAUGCAUGGCCUUGAUGUAUGCAGUUUGAUAUAGUGAAAAGCUUAAAUAAUCAUCUAAGUACUGCUGAGCUGUAGCUGAGCUGCUGGUGCCUGUGGUUACAACACCCGGAGAGAAGGAUGAAAGCAGAACCAGCCAACUCAAACUCAUGAUAGUUAUUGAUUUGACACAAUGUUGUGCAUACUGACUGCUGGUUGAAUCAGGUUGCUACUCUUCCUUUCACUUUUUUGUUUUCUGAAUUUUUUCUGAUUCUGUUUUUGAGGAUUCAGAUAGCACAAUGAGAGGCCCUGAUCGCAACAUCUUGAUUUUGUUGCAGCAAAUGUAAAAAUUAUGCCUGUGUUUUCUGGAAAGGCAGAUGGUUCCUUGCAUUAUCGGAUAAUAUUUCUACUUGCCUGGUUGCCCUCUCUUGUUUGCACGUUGGAGCAGCUGCCAGUUGCCCUCCCUGGGAUAAUCCCUCUAGCCUGCAGCCUGGUCCUUUGUGCACACCUGAGCUGCUCCAGAGAGCUCUGUCUGAUGCUAAAAUCAUGGGGAAGCUAAGUAAUAGUUUCAGGAUAUUGAAACAGGAUAACAGCAUUCUUGCUUCAGAGAAACUUCAUCUGAUUUGAACUGUUAGUCUUGGUAUCCUAGUCACUUACUCUGGUAGUUUGGGGAUCAUGUGAAUUUCCUAAAUUCACAUAGACAGUCCUUACAAAACUUUGGGACUUGGGAUCUUUGCCUCUCCUUGCUAUUAAAGUUCAUCAAGACAAUUAUCAUUGCCCAUACUUCUGGCUUUUAUUAUGUCCCUCUCCCAUUCAGAAUGCUGGUACUGAUGAUAUUUCUUGGCAUUCUGUGCUCUCUGUGUUAGCUCUUUAUAGGUGUCUCAGUUGUCUUUAUCUCUCAUUGUGUUGAGCUUGGGUUUCUCAUAUUGAAAGGCAUUUUGCAGUUCUUUCUAUUCCAGUUCAUUAUUUUGUUUCUCACUGAAUUUUACCAUCCACUGUGUCUGCUUCCCAUGUACUUGCAUUUGUUCCCUUCCUCAUAGGUACUGUGGGCCUUCUGAGUUAAUGUUUAAAGCCACAAACCUAUCCGUGCAUGAAGUUCCUCAAAUAGAGCACGUUACUGGCAUUAUAGGACAGUGUGAUUAACACAACUGGCUGUGUUUGGCUAGUUGAUGAUUAUCUAAUACCAGGAUGUGGAACCUUCCUGAGGGAUAAAACUGAACUGACUAGAAGAAUAAAGAGAAGCUGGAUUGAUGAGAACUAUAAGAAAGCGUACAGCAGUUUGGAAUGGAUUGAUUUGUGAUACAUCUGAUAUGUGAGAGCUACAUUUUGUGUUGCUGUUGUCCAGCUGCUGCUGGAGUACUUCAGCUGACUUCAUUGCAAGCCCAAGUGCUACGUCCUCUCCACUAGCAGAACAUAAGCAAGUGUGAUGCUGAAAUGAGAUGAGGCUCCGAAAUGGAACUGUGGCCACCGUGUUAGUUUUCAUCACUACUUUCCUCAGUUUGUCCUGGUACACUGCAUGGCAAAAUGGGAAAGAAAAGCUGAUUGCCUACCAGCGGGAGUUCCACGCGUUGAAGGAGCGGCUGCGCAUCGCCGAGCACCGCACGCUGCAGCGCUCCUCGGAGCUCAACGCCAUCCUGGAGCAGUUCCGCAGGGCCGUGGCGGAGACCAACGGCAGCAAGCAUGCCAUGAAUAACUUCUCAGACGAGACGCUGAAAUUGUUAAAAGAGCUAACAAGUAGAAAAUCUCUUCAAGUGCCAAAUAUCUAUUACCAUUUGCCUCAUUUGUUGAAAAAUGAAGGAAGCCUUCAACCUUCUGUGCAGGUUGGCCUUGGAAGGACAGGAGUUUCCAUUGUAAUGGGAAUACCUACAGUGAAAAGAAAAGUCAAGUCUUACCUUACAGAAACUCUCCACUCCCUUAUUGAUAAGCUGUCCCCUGAAGAAAAACUGGAUUGUGUUAUGGUUGUCUUUAUAGGAGAGACUGAUCUUGAUUAUGUUAACAGUGUUGUUGCAAGCCUGGAAAGAGAGUUUUCUACAGAGAUCAAUUCUGGCUUGGUGGAAGUAAUAGCUCCUCCUGCAACAUACUAUCCUGACUUGACAAACUUGAAAGAAACAUUUGGAGACUCAAAAGAGAGAGUGAGAUGGAGAACAAAACAGAACUUGGAUUAUUGUUUUCUUAUGAUGUAUGCCCAGAAAAAGGGAGUUUAUUAUAUUCAGCUUGAAGAUGACAUUGUUGUCAAGCAGAAUUAUUUCAGCACAAUAAAAAAUUUUGCACUUCAGCUUGCUUCUGAAGAUUGGAUGAUUCUAGAAUUUUCUCAGCUGGGUUUCAUUGGUAAAAUGUUCCAGUCUCCAGAUAUCACUCUUAUUGUAGAGUUCAUAUUUAUGUUUUAUAAGGAGAAACCUAUUGAUUGGCUCCUGGACCAUAUCCUCUGGGUGAAAGUGUGUAACCCUGAGAAAGAUGCUAAACAUUGUGAUCGACAGAAAUCUAACCUACGGAUACGCUUCAGGCCUUCUCUUUUCCAGCAUGUUGGCCUCCACUCUUCUCUAGCAGGGAAGAUCCAGAAACUCACAGAUAAAGACUUCCUGAAACCAUUACUGCAUAAAAUCCACGUGAAUCCACCUGCAGAGGUUUCGACAUCUUUAAAAGUCUACCAGGGGCAUACGCUAGAAAAAACCUACGUAGGGGAAGAUUUUUUCUGGGCUGUCACACCAGUUGCUGGAGAUUAUAUUCUCUUUAAAUUUGACAAGCCAGUCAAUGUAGAAAGGUACUUGUUCCACAGUGGCAAUCCAGAGCAUCCAGGAGACAUCCUUCUAAACACAACUGUAGAAGUUUUGCCUUUUCAGAGUGAAGAACUGGUAUUAAGCAAAGAAACCAAAGACAAACGCUUAGAGGAUGGUUACUUCAGGAUAGGGAAGUUUGAAAACGGUGUAGCUGAAGGAACAGUUGACCCCAGCCUAAAUCCUAUUUCAUCAUUCCGGCUUUCAGUGAUACAAAAUUCAGCCGUUUGGGCAAUUCUCAAUGAGAUUCAUAUUAAAAAGAUUACAAACUGAUCAUGGAAAUCUGCUUUAGAGGAAAAAGAAUUCUUGAAAAUUCUUCCUAUAAAAUCUGACAUCCUUAGCAAGUCACAAAUUGAAAAUACUGAGCAUGCACCUUAUUCCAAAUGUCAUUCUUUUUCACUUGAACUCUACCUCUUGUGAAAUCUACUGUAGAUGAGAAGAUUGUAUUUACCCUUCUUAUCUGAUCCAUCCAGAAACUGAUGCUCCACACUGAUAACGUUCGACUGAGGCCCAAGUUGUCCUCCACUGUAAUGUGACUUUACCAUCUUAUGGUUGCAGAACCCUGCUACGCUUAACCUGUACUAUUUUGAUAGUAUAGUAAUAUAGAGUUGUACAUAUUGUUACAUUCCUUGAAGAAAAAAAAAAUAUAAUUAUUGUUAAAUAAGUUUUAUGAAGGGGGUACUUUCGGAGUUCCAUUUAUUUUCUAUAACAAGAACCCUCUUUUAUAGACUGUCAGGGAUAUAUAUUAAAAAUGCUAGGGAUAUUUAAUUUAUUAAAAUAAUUUGAAAAGUACAUAUUUUUAUGCAGUAAAAUUUUAAAUUGAUAUAGUUUUUUUAUGAAUUCUCUAGUUUAAGUUAUCUUUCUACAUUUUUCUUUGGAGAUGCAAACAUAAAUUAAUACCAUAUUUCAAAUAUACUGCCAUGUUAAAAAGAAAACAAGAUUAAGUUUCUAAAUUAUGUAGUUUUAUACACAGAAUCUGAAUGAUGUUCAGAGGCAUAAACAGAGUUCUGAAGAGCAUUUUUCUUUGGGGCUAUGAAAUUCCACGAUGUACAGUUUGUAGCCACAUAAAAAGCAUGUUGAAAUGUCUUGUUUCAUAUUAUGUACUAAAUCUGCAGUAAUUUUAGAUUUAAUCCAUUGCAUUUUAGAAGAAUUUUUUUUUACUCCAAACCAGUUCUUU